AGCAUCUCGCCCGGUCCAUUGUUGUCUGAGGUUGGCACGAGGAUGGGCGGGAGGCGGGGCCGGGGAGGGUGCUCCAGGGAGCCAGGCCCCGGGGUCGCGCCCCGAAUUUGGGCGCCCAGCGCACUGCGCCCGGGGGAGGUGGCCGCGGCACGGCGGGCGGCUUUGUGGCGCGCGCGGGUUCCACCGCAGGCGGCGCGGAGGCGGGGCCCUGCACAGGCGUCCGCCAAACCCCCGCUUUCGGCCGGGCCGCGGCCGCCACACAUGGCCGGCUCCGCAAGGGCCGGCUUCCCUGCGCACACGAAUAGCCGCCUGGACGCGUUCCUGCGGAGGCGGCUGCCACCCGAGGUCUACGAUGCCAUCCGCGCCUACGAGCCGUGCAUCGUGGUGUCCGACUCGGAGAAGCACACCUUCAAGUACGUGGUCCUCAGCGAUCGGCUCAUCUACCUGACCGAGAACCCGCCCAAGUCCAUACGGCGAGCAGUGGCGCUGCGGGACGUCGUGGCCAUUGACCUGAUUGAUGAUUACCCACAAUUUCUGAGUCCACCAGACAGAGAAACCAACCAACAUAUUCGUAUCAUCUAUUCUUCAACUGUUUUGAAAAAAGAGUGUGAAAAAUCAAAAGGUGUCAAGAAAUUCUCAUUUCCAUUUCAUCCAUCUCAUUUCCAUUUAAUUGCUGCUUCUAACAACAAAAAAGUUGAAGAAGAGAUUAAUGGCCCUGUCUUUUGGAGAGGCAAAGAGCCCCGAAGUUUGAAUGAAUCCUCUCUCAGGUACCACCAAGAGGUCAGCACACCAUCCACAGACUCAACCUUCUGUCUUCCUUCAGACCUCAAGGAGCCGUCUCUUCAUGGCCAAAGUGCCUUUCGACCCUUACUCACCCCCUCCAGGAGGAGCUGUCAAUCCACAUCAGCUACGGGAAAGGUUGUCACCUUGCCAUCUUGCACAACCAACAUGAAAGAACCCAAGGCACUGUCAGAUCACAACGGUUCUCUAAGUGAAGUCCCUUUAAAGGGCAAUGGGAACGGAAAUGAGUUUUACUCAGGAAAUUCCUCCCUGGCUUCCCCUUUACAGAGCAACCCAAGCCUAGAGAAAAAGGCGUUGGAACUUCAUUUGUACAUUAUUUCUACAACCUCAUCAAUAUUUCUGCACUUAAAAAGUUCGUGGACCAAUUAUAUUAUAAAAGCUACUCUUUUACAAGAUCCCCUACGUGCUGGUGAGCUCAGUCCUAUCGGAAGUCAAAAGCCAUAUAGAUCUGAGGAGAAAAUUAAGCACUUCGGUCAACUUAAAUCUGAACUUUUCCUUAAAGACAAUACGUUGAGGAAGAUACUUUGUCUAAUUACAGAACUUAAAGUAGCAGCCCAGAAAAACUUCAUUCUGAAAAGGCUUUUCUGGAAAACCAGUGACCUUUUCUAUUUCCUAGUGAACAAACUUCAUGAGUACUUGCCAGAGUCUAGGGAUAAGAGCACACUUCAAAAUAGAAGCCAAAGGGCUGAUGAGCUGGUGGCAUGCAUUGAAAUUAUGCAGACUCUGGGACUGAUGUUCAGAGAAACAGAAACUGAGUCAUCACGCCUAAAGACAUUGGAAGCUAAGAAGGGAGCAUUAUUUAAUCUUAUGAUAAUAUUAAUUAGUGAACCUCAGAUUCCAAAAUCUUGUCCUGUGUUUGAUAUCCAGUUGGUGGCUGAUUCAACUUUAGUUGAGAUGUCUUUUGAUGCUGAGUUACAGAACCUUAUCAAGGAAUAUACAGAUACAGCUACGGCACUUUUAUAUGAGAUAUUUCUUGUCUUUCAGCAGGGAAAUCUUGGAUUGGGACCAGAAGAGUUUGCUAUUAGCUGGAUGAUGUCCUUCCUACAAAGUCGUCCUCCCUUCAUCACCUUCCUGGCCAGUAUUGUGAAACAGGUGGUAAAGGGGCUUGGAGCUUCAUUUCAGCCGCUAAGUCCCAGCCAAGCCGUUCUGCUGUAUCAGCAGUUUUACAUCCUCAAGAGCUGCCUGCAGUACAGCCAGACUUUAGCUGAGUAUAUUAGGAAUGACUACAGAGAAGAAUUCAGAGGCCAUGGGGAUGAAUCCUAUUCUUCCCUCCUGACUGGGGCCUCCAGGUCACCACAACUUGACCCUUUCGUUUCAACUUCCUGUGUGUUGUCUGAGGAAACCAGAAGCAAGACGCUCAGCACACACUGUGGUGAGGACAGUCCCGGCUUCCCUAGUAAUGCCUUCAGAAUGGAUACAUUGUAAAUGAAAUUCACUUCCUUUGCUGAAUGAAGUGAAGUGUCUCAGUCAGCUGAAAGGCACACAUAGCAGAGAUGUUCUAGGUCACAAACAGGGGAGAUCAGAUCGCUGCGGAUACUGGCUGAGUCUUAGGUUUAGACCCCCAACCCCAACAGCCCUACGCCCAGUGAGUAUGUGCAUAUUGCUGCGAGCAAUGUGAAAAUUCUUGCUUUUAAAGCUAUUUUGUUUCUUUUCAUGACUUGCAGGUACUUUAUUCACAUGCCAGCCUUGGAAAAAAGGCUCCCAUUGUGGUAUCCUAUUACCCAACCCACCACUCAACUUUUUCAUGAAGUUCUGAAAUUGGUUGAACAGAAACAAUGUGUGGAACGUUAAUAAGAAUCUCAAAUGUUAAUCGGGAGUCAACCUAAUAUUUACGAGAAGACUUAAAAUUUUGACUUAUUUAAUAUCUGGCUAUCCCUGUGUCUUACAAACAGAUUUUAUUUAAAGGUUCCAUCAAUACCCGUAAGAGAAGUCUUUAAAUAGUCGUUUAUCUGCCACAAAAAAAUCAACUUUAAAUACGAUGACAUACGUAAAGUGAUGCUAAAAAAUGAGUGUUCCUCUCAAAAGAAGUUUCUAAAAAUAAAAAUCUAUAAAGAAAACAGAGGCCUGUGGAGAGUAAAUGUAGAAAGUGCAACCUGAUGAGUUUGUUGGUGUGACAAUGGAGAGUGGUGUGAACCCACUGAAAUACCCGAAGAUAAACCGUGUGGGGACUAGAAAUUGCAAGGUGGUCAUGAGAGAAAUGCUGAGCAAUAGGUAGACACCCCUGCCUGUCUACCUGUAAAAAUCCCAGUGAAGUAAGUAUUCACCAGAGAAAGAGCAGAAGAACACAGGCACAGCUAGAAGAAAGGUCAGUUCUUCAUUUAUCAUGGGGAAGGAAGCUUGGGCUUUCUUCACAAUUAAAUGCAUUCAGGUGCUCAGUUUCAGGCACUCAUGGGCUAGUGUGAGACUCUCAUACAGUCUCUGUGAAAGAGAAAUUGUCUUUAAGCAGUUAUGGCUCUCCCAACCAUUUAAAAAAUGUCUUCACUUUAUCUUAUGGCAAUAAACUAAUCCAACAAAAACUCAACUUUGGUGUCACUGUGAGCUGUUGAAUUUGGAAUUCUAAGAACUUAGGAAGUGGGUUCUCUAUUUUGACGUAUCAUGCCUUGAAAGAGGAUCUGAGAAAAACCCCAAAAAAGAUCCCGCAAGCCAGAUUUUUCUGUGCUGUGUAUUAGAGAGAGAAUUAAACUCACUGAAGACAUCUUAUUACUGGUUGUGGCUGAGCCAUUAACCAGGUAUUUGACCUUAAACAAGGCAGGUCUCCUUUCUGGGCUUCCUCUGCUAUGUGGAAGGGUGAGAAAAGAUGUUCUCCAAGCUCUUAUCCAGCUCUAAACAUUCUCUGCCUGUGACAACAUGCGUCUUAACACUCUGUGAUGGGGUAGUGCAUUUCUCUGCUAUCCAGCUCAAUGGGUGAUUUCACGUUGAUUCCAAACAAUCCUGCUUUCUUUGGACCGAACGUUUCUCUUUCAGCUGUCACCAGCAUCACCCCACAAAGCAUCCAAGGCUCCUCCACUAUCAUCCAUCAAAGACUACAAGACUUCUAGUUUCUAAUCUGGAGGUGGAGAUGGG